AUGACCGCAAGACGUGCCACUCAUGCAGGAUCAUGGUAUGAUGCGGACGGGGGAAAACUCGAUACAGAGCUAUCCUCGAACCUCCAAUCAGUAGAACCCUCGCUUGAGGAAGCGUUUGCCCCACCUGUCAAGGGAUCCAAGGCGAUAAUCGCCCCCCAUGCGGGUUAUUCUUACUCUGGUUCGACAGCGGCAUGGGCUUACAAAAGCAUAGACACUGCGGGGAUUAAGCGCGUGUUCAUCCUUGGACCUGCACAUCAUGUGUACCUCGAUGGCUGCGCUCUCUCUACUUGCGAACGAUAUGAGACCCCAUUAGGCACUCUGCCACUUGACCUUGACACUAUCCAAGAAUUGCGCGACACUGGGAAAUUCAGCGAUAUGGAUGUUGACACCGACGAAGACGAGCAUAGCAUUGAGAUGCACCUUCCGUAUGUUAGGAAAAUAUUCGAAGGAUUGAAUAUCUCCAUUGUUCCAAUUCUCGUUGGGGCAAUCAAUUACAACAAGGAGGCGACAUUUGGCACAAUUCUCGCGCCCUACCUGGCAAGGGACGAUACGUUCUGUGUCGUUUCUAGCGAUUUCUGCCAUUGGGGAACACGGUUCCAAUAUACUUUCUACUAUCCAAAGGCCCCUCCGACUUCUAUUCCCGCUAUUCGGUUGUCGAAGGCCGAUCCAUCUCCACCCUCAUUAACUACUCACCCAAUCUACUCAUCCAUCUCGGCUCUAGACCACGAAGCUAUGGAAUUGCUGACGAUGCCACCAAGCACUGCGGCACAAUCUCAUCAUGAAUUCGCUGAGUACCUCGCGAGGACAAAGAAUACAAUUUGUGGAAGGCAUCCUAUUGGUGUUCUGCUCGGUGCACUGGCAGUGCUUCAGAAACAAGGGAAAGUGCCCCAUCUGAAGUGGGUUCGUUACGAACAGAGCAGCGAAUGCGUUACGAUCAAGGAUUCAAGUGUCAGCUAUGCCAGCGCAUACAUUACAUUCUAG